AUUCUAACAGCAUCCACAAAGAGUUCUUUGCCAUGUCUGACUACCUUUGGUUUGAAGGAAUACCUUUUCCUUCUUUAGGAUAUAAAAGAGAAAUACUUGAAAAUUGUGAUAAGAUUGUGAUAAGAGAUGAAGACACAGUCAUACUGACUUACCCCAAAUCAGGAACAAAUUGGAUGAUUGAAAUUGUUUGCUUGAUUCAGACCAAAGGGAAUCCCAAAUGGAUUCAAUCUGUUCCCAUUUGGGAACGCUCACCCUGGAUAGAAAGUCAACAUGGAUAUGAAUUAUCAAUCAAUAGGGAAGGACCACGCCUCAUCAGCUCCCACCUUCCCAUCCAUCUUUUCCCCAAGUCUUUUUUCAGUUCCAAGGCCAAGGUGAUCUUUGUCAUCAGAAAUCCUAGAGAUGUUCUUGUGUCUGGUUAUUUUUUCUUGCAUAAAACUAACUUUGUUAAGAAUCCACAGUCAUUUGGAGCUUAUUUUGAAUGGUUCCUCAAAGGAAAUGUGAUAUAUGGAUCAUGGUUUGAACAUACCCGUGACUGGUUGUCAAUGAGAGAAAGGAAGAAUUUCCUGCUAGUGAGCUAUGAAGAAAUGAAAAAGGACACAAGGAAAACCAUAGAGAAGAUUUGUGACUUCCUAGGAAAGAAAUUAGAGACAGAAGAGCUGGAUCAGGUCCUCAAGCACAGCUCCUUCCAAGCCAUGAAAGAAAAUAACAUGUCCAAUUUUAGUCUCCUCCAAGAUGAGGUUACUAAUGGUUUGAAACUCAUGAGAAAAGGCACGACUGGAGACUGGAAGAACUACUUUACAGUAGCCCAGGCUGAAGCCUUUGAUAAAGUGUUCCAGGAGAAGAUGGUUGGCUUUCCACCAGGGCUGUUCCCAUGGCAAUAA